GGCGCUGCGGCGACCCCUCCGCCGCCCCGUAGAAAUCUCCGGGGCCCGGAGACCGCUUGCUUCCUGUUUGUCGGACGAGGAGACAUGGCGGCGGCGCCGGCAGUGGCUCGGUCCGGAGCUGGCCGAGGCAGACGGUCGGCAGCCACAGUAGCGGCUUGGGGCGGAUGGGGCGGCCGGCCGCGGCCCGGGAACAUUCUCUUGCAGCUGCGGCAGGGCCAGCUGACCGGCCGGGGUCUGGUCCGGGCGGUGCAGUUCACUGAGACUUUUUUGACAGAGAGGGACAAACAAUCCAAGUGGAGUGGAAUUCCUCAGCUGCUCCUUAAGCUGCAUGCCACCAGCCACCUCCACAGUGACUUUGUUGAGUGUCAAAACAUCCUCAAGGAAAUUUCUCCUCUUCUCUCCAUGGAGGCUAUGGCAUUUGUUACUGAAGAGAGGAAACUUACCCAAGAAACCACUUAUCCAAAUACUUAUAUUUUUGACUUGUUUGGAGGUGUUGAUCUUCUUGUAGAAAUUCUUAUGAGACCUACGAUCUCUAUCCGGGGACAGAAACUGAAAAUAAGUGAUGAAAUGUCCAAGGACUGCUUGAGUAUCCUGUAUAAUACCUGUGUCUGUACGGAAGGAGUUACAAAGCGUUUGGCAGAAAAGAAUGACUUUGUGAUCUUCCUGUUUACACUGAUGACAAGUAAGAAGACUUUCUUACAAACAGCAACCCUCAUUGAAGAUAUUUUGGGUGUUAAAAAGGAAAUGAUCCGACUAGAUGAAGUCCCCAAUCUGAGUUCCUUAGUAUCCAAUUUCGAUCAGCAGCAGCUCGCUAAUUUCUGCCGGAUUCUGGCUGUCACCAUUUCAGAGAUGGAUACAGGGAAUGAUGACAAGCACACGCUUCUUGCCAAAAAUGCUCAACAGAAGAAGAGCUUGAGUUUGGGGCCUUCUGCAGCUGAAAUCAAUCAAGCGGCCCUUCUCAGCAUCCCUGGCUUUGUUGAGCGGCUUUGCAAACUGGCGACUCGAAAGGUGUCAGAGUCAACGGGAACAGCCAGCUUUCUUCAGGAGUUGGAGGAGUGGUACACAUGGCUAGACAAUGCUUUGGUGCUAGAUGCCCUGAUGCGAGUGGCCAAUGAGGAGUCAGAACACAAUCAAGCCUCCAUUGUGUUCCCUCCUCCAGGGGCUUCUGAGGAGAAUGGCCUGCCUCACACGUCAGCCAGGACCCAGCUGCCCCAGUCAAUGAAGAUUAUGCAUGAGAUCAUGUACAAACUGGAAGUGCUCUAUGUCCUCUGCGUGCUGCUGAUGGGGCGUCAACGAAACCAGGUUCACAGAAUGAUUGCAGAGUUCAAACUGAUUCCCGGACUCAAUAAUUUGUUUGACAAGCUGAUUUGGAGGAAGCAUUCAGCAUCUUCCCUUGUCCUUCAUGGUCACAACCAGAACUGUGACUGUAGCCCGGACAUCACCUUGAAGAUACAGUUUUUGAGGCUUCUUCAGAGCUUCAGCGACCACCAUGAGAACAAGUACCUGUUACUCAAUAACCAGGAGCUGAACGAACUCAGUGCCAUCUCUCUCAAGGCCAACAUCCCCGAGGUGGAAGCUGUCCUCAACACCGACAGGAGUUUGGUGUGUGAUGGGAAGAGGGGCUUAUUAACUCGUCUGCUGCAGGUCAUGAAGAAGGAGCCAGCAGAGUCAUCUUUCAGGUUUUGGCAAGCUCGGGCUGUGGAGAGUUUCCUCCGAGGGACCACUUCCUAUGCAGACCAGAUGUUCCUGCUGAAGCGGGGCCUCCUGGAGCACAUCCUUUACUGCAUUGUGGACAGCGAGUGCAAGUCAAGGGAUGUACUCCAGAGUUACUUUGACCUCCUGGGGGAGCUGAUGAAGUUCAACGUUGAUGCAUUCAAGAGAUUCAAUAAAUACAUCAACACUGAUGCAAAGUUCCAGGUGUUCCUGAAGCAGAUCAACAGUUCCCUGGUGGACUCCAACAUGCUGGUGCGCUGUGUCACUCUGUCUCUGGACCGAUUUGAAAACCAGGUGGAUAUGAAAGUUGCCGAAGUCCUGUCCGAGUGCCGCCUGCUCGCCUACAUAGCCCAGGUGCCCACGCAGAUGUCCUUCCUCUUCCGCCUCAUCAACAUCAUCCAUGUGCAGACGCUGACCCAGGAGAACGUCAGCUGCCUCAACACCAGCCUAGUGAUCCUGAUGUUGGCCCGACGGAAAGAACGGCUGCCCCUGUACCUGCGGCUGCUGCAGCGGAUGGAGCACAGCAAGAAGUACCCCGGCUUCCUGCUCAACAACUUCCACAACUUGUUGCGCUUCUGGCAGCAGCACUACCUGCACAAGGACAAGGACAGCACCUGCCUAGAGAACAGCUCCUGCAUCAGCUUCUCAUAUUGGAAGGAGACAGUGUCCAUCCUGUUGAACCCGGACCGCCAGUCACCCUCUGCCCUCGUUAGCUACAUCGAGGAGCCCUACAUGGACAUAGACAGGGAUUUCACUGAGGAGUGAGCUUGGGCCAGUGUGGGUGAGCGUGGGUACAAUGCCACACACCCUGCCCCCGUGCCUCCCUGCUGCUCUCUGCCUGCCCCAGGUCUUUGGGUACAGGCUUGGUGGGAGGGAAGUCCUAGAAGCCCUUGGUCCCCCUGGGUCUCAGGGCCCCAGGUCAUCGGAGAGCCUCAGUCCCCAUAAAGAGGAUGGGGUACCAUGCCCACCUUUCCUUCAGAACCAUGGGGUCCAGGCCCACACAGUGGUAAGAGGACUUUUAACAUUAGCUCUGUCUGAGCUCCUGCCUGGUUACUUGGCUGUCAGUCCCGGGAUGGGGAGGAAGAUAUGGGUGACCCCCCCUCGUCUGUGAGCCAAGCCUCCCUUAUCCCUGGCCUUUAGACCCAGGCAAAGGCUUCUGAGCCCUGGGCAGGGGUGGGGGUUACCAGAGAAUGCUGCCUUCCCCCAAGCCUGCCCCUCUGCCCUUCCUGCCUCAUUUUCCUUUAGCUCCUCUGGUUGUUUGCUCAUUGGCCGCUGUGUUCAUCCCAGGGGGCUCUCACAGAAGUGGAGGGGCCUUUCCCUCCAUCCCUUGGGGCACAGGGCAGCAGCUCCUGCCUGAGCCUGGACAUGGGGCUCUUCCUUGUGUUGCCAAUUAACAGCAAAUAAACCAAUUAAAUGGAGACUAUUAAAUAACUUUAUUUUAAA